UGUGAGGUGUACGUGACGCCAUUUUGACGUGACAGCGGUGUAACCAGCGGUGACAGACAACUCUCGAGAAGAUUCGUUUACGAGUUGAAUUUACUCAAAAAGAGCUUCAUUUUAGAACAAGCGACAAUCGGACCUGAGAGGAUGGGGAAUGUCUUUGCGAGUCUCUUUAAAGGCCUCUUUGGGAAGAAAGAGAUGAGGAUCCUGAUGGUGGGCCUGGACGCUGCCGGCAAAACCACCAUUCUGUACAAACUCAAGCUGGGCGAGAUCGUCACCACCAUCCCGACGAUCGGUUUUAACGUGGAGACGGUGGAGUAUAAGAACAUCAGUUUCACAGUGUGGGAUGUGGGCGGUCAGGAUAAAAUCAGACCCCUGUGGAGACACUACUUUCAGAACACACAAGGACUGAUCUUUGUAGUGGACAGCAACGACAGAGAGCGAGUGAACGAAGCGAGGGAGGAGCUGACGAGAAUGUUGGCGGAAGAUGAGCUGCUCGAUGCCGUUCUCCUCGUUUUCGCCAACAAGCAGGACCUGCCCAAUGCAAUGAACGCAGCCGAGAUCACAGAUAAACUCGGGCUCCAUUCGCUGCGCAGUCGCAACUGGUACAUCCAGGCCACGUGCGCGACGAGCGGAGACGGUCUGUACGAGGGCCUCGACUGGCUCUCCAACCAGCUCAAGAACCAGAAAUGAACCAUUCCACUUAUCCUCAGAGAGAGAGAGAGAGAGAGAGAGAAGGGGGGUUGGCCUUGCCUAAACCUUAACUGGUCUCAGUAUAUUUUUAUCCUCACUGUGUGUGUGUGUGUGUGUGUGUUUAAGUGCCAUUUUACCAAUUCGAGUGUGUUUUUAUGUGUUGGACACCAAGUACAUCAUUCAGCACAAACCUCAAUGGUUAUCAAUAUUUUUUCAGAAGGGUUUAGGCUUCGUUGCCCUCCGUGUGUGUGUGUGAGAGAUUGUGAGUGCAAGUGUUUACUUAAAGUGUGUCUGAGAGAAAGAACGUGUGUUUGUUUGGACCACAGAUAUACAUAUAUGAUAUUAUGACCCUACGUUUACUCGAGCAAGUGACCGUUUAUUACACGUGCGUUACGUCUUGUGGUGCCGCAAUUUAAAAAAAAAAAAAAAUUUUAUUUUCACAUUUCUCACAACUUGCUUGCCGAUCAGCCGAGAAGCACAAAUCAAUCACUUUUCUCCCGCAUGAGCACGUUAUUCCAUUUGUGUUUAACUCCUGAGCAUUUGAAGCCGUGUACAGCUACGAUUGUUCCUUUUGUUUAAAAAAAAAAACACCACGGGGCUGGUCAGGUCGGGCCACACCCACAAGCAUCUUCAGGAGCACCCAGAAGAAACGAACAAGAAGAAGUUACCUGCUCGAGUGAAUGCGGAGUUAAAAAUCAGAGACUGAUGAUGACGUUCUGUCUGGAGCCACGCUUGAAAACAAAUGGUUGUGUAACUUAUUCUUUAUUCCAAAAAGAACGUGAGGUUGUAUUUUUAUUAUUUUUUUAGAAGCAACAGAAUUGAAUUUGCUUGUUACAUGACAUUUCGUGUGUCAAUUUAUUUCAUCGCUUUCACAUCCGAAAUGCGAGAAGGUCAAAAGCUUGCGCACGGAUUGUUUACUGUUCGCUCAGCCACUUUUACGCGUUCGCUCCAUCAGCCUGUCUGAUUCGAUUAUUUAUUUGAAGAACUUUAGUUGAGCAAGUGAAUGGAUUGGUGGGGGGGAGAACAAAAAUCAGAUAUUGCUCUCCAAAGGACAAAAUAUUUAAUAUGUAUAUCUACGGCUCAGAACGAGGACGGACCCCGGCGUGCCUUUUACACACCUUUCCUUCAAAACACUUUUUUUUUUUUUUUUUUAAAUCUCUCCUGUUUUCAUUCUCGUGUAUGGAUUUCAGACCGAAGAGAAGGAAGGCUGGUUUUGUGACCUGCGUGAUGAUACUGCUCUUCACAUAGCCUCGUCGAAUAGUUGAAAAGGUUUAAAGUGGCAUUCCACCAUUGGAUGUAUUUUUUUGGCAUAAAAUACAAUAUAUUUUCCGACAACAUGACUACAGAGAAAUCUUUUAGCUUCAAAAUGAUAUAUCAAACAUAAUUUUUUGACAACAAGUAUAUUAAUUUUGUGACCAAAGUCACCUACCCUUUUAAUUUCCGCGCAGUAGUGAAACGUGAUGUCAUCGGCAGGUUCCCCUUCUUGUGUACCACGUCACAUGUGACGUGACACAGAUUAUCAGCAAUGGCGGAUAGAACGCGAUUGUCAGCUUCGGAAAAGAAGCGAAGGAAAAUAGCAAGUGAUGACAUCACGUUUCACUACCGCGCGGAAAUUAAAAGGGUAGGUGACUUUGGUCGCAAAAUUAAUAUAGUUGUCGUUGUCAAAAAAUUAUGUUUGAUAUAUCAUUUUGAAGCUAAAAGAUUUCUCUGUCUAGUCAUGUUGUUAUAAAAUAUAUUGUAUUUUAUGCCAAAGAAUACAUCCAAUGGUGGAAUGGCACUUUAAGUGUCAAGAAGCUCAGUGUAAUACUUUAUAAAUAUUUCUACGUUGUAAUGUUCAGGUUCAGUGUGGCUGAGAAUUUGGUCUGGACACGAUCGCUGAUAGCUCAGCCUGCGACUUAUCAGACUCCUCAUACGAGCCAAUAUUGACUUUGAAGAUGUUUUAUACUGCAGAAGGAAAACCAAUAAAUGGACAAGGAAUUGUUCACCAGUGUUGAAUUGUGUAAAACAGGUUAUGAGCAAGCCUGGUUCUCGGCUGUGUCAGCUGAUCAUGGACGUGUCAUAACAGGGCGUGUUAAAAGCAGUCGCGGAGAGCAGGAUUCUUUGUUUGGCUCCUUGCAAUAACUCAAAAAUCCACCAACAGUGGUCAAGGCAUGUUGAACAUGGGUGCACAUUUAUUCUUUAACUAAUCAAGGACAUUCAGCCCUGGUGUGUGUGUGUGUGUGUGUGUGUGUGUGUGUGUCAGGAACAACUUUGUAACCUGUAUCAGGUUGGGAAAAUCCUUUUCCAUCCGCAAUUAUCCUUUUCCAUCAUUUGAAACACUCCCCCCUCCUCUCCCCCCUCACACAUCUGCUCUCAUUUCUUCGUUUAGUUUUCAGUCCUGAACAGGCCUCGGAUAGAGACGAGACGGCAGAGUGUGUCUGGGUUCUUGACUGUACGUUACCUUUCAACCAAGCACAAUCGCAGUCCAUUCCGCACCUCCUUGUACUUUUGGACUUAAUUUAAAUUAAAAACCCUUCAAUUGUC